CCUGGGAUUGCGGCGGCGGGCGGGCGACUACGUUUACGGGGACUCUCGGAGGGCCCGAGUCGGAAAUUGUUGAAAACGUUAAAUUUGAUUCCUAAAAGGACUCAAUGGCUUACAGAAGAGAUGAAAUGUGGUCUGAGGGACGAUAUGAAUAUGAAAGACUUCCGAGAGAACGAGCAUCUCCUCGAAGUCAUCCCAGUGAUGGCUACAAUAGACUAGUUAAUAUUGUGCCAAAGAAACCACCACUGCUAGACAGACCUGGUGAAGGAAGCUACAAUAGAUAUUACAGUCAUGUUGAUUACCGAGACUAUGACGAGGGCCGCAGUUUUUCUCAUGAUCGAAGAAGUGGUCCACCUCACAGAGGAGAUGAAUCUGGUUAUAGAUGGACAAGAGAUGAUCAUUCUGCAAGCAGGCAACCUGAAUACAGGGACAUGAGAGAUGGCUUUAGAAGAAAAAGUUUCUACUCUUCCCAUUAUGCAAGAGAGCGGUCUCCGCAUAAAAGAGACAAUGCUUUUUUCAGAGAAUCACCUGGUGGCCGAAAGGAUUCUCCACACAGCAGAUCUGGCUCCAGUGUCAGUAGCAGAAGUUACUCUCCAGAAAGGAGCAAAUCAUACUCUUUCCAUCAGUCUCAACAUAGGAAGUCCGUGCGUCCUGGUGCAUCGUACAAACGGCAGAAUGAAGGAAGUUCUGAAAGAGACAAAGAAAGGCCUGUCCAGUCUUUGAAAACAUCAAGAGAUACUUCGCCCUCAAGUGCUUCAGCAGCUUCUACAUCAAAGGUGUUAGACAAACCCAGUAGGCUAACUGAAAAGGAACUUGCUGAGGCUGCAAGCAAGUGGGCUGCUGAAAAGCUAGAGAAAUCAGAUGAAAGUAACUUGCCUGAAAUUUCUGAGUAUGAGGCAGGAUCCACAGCACCAUUAUUUACUGACCAGCCAGAGGAACCUGCGUCAAACACAGCAGAUGGCAUAGAAUUAUUUGAAGAUAGUCAGCUAACCAGUCGCUCUAAAGCAAUAGCAUCAAAAACCAAAGAGAUUGAACAGGUUUAUCGACAAGACUGUGAAACUUUCGGGAUGGUGGUGAAAAUGCUGAUUGAAAAAGAUCCUUCAUUAGAAAAGUCUAUACAGUUUGCAUUGAGGCAGAAUUUACAUGAAAUAGAGUCUGCAGGACAGACUCAGCAGCUGGCGCCCCAUGUGACGAACACUGCAACGGAUCAUGACGGAACCCUCAAAAAUGAAGGUGAAGAGACUGCACAGUCAGCCCUCUUUGGAUUCCAGCACGAUACAUCAAGCAUUACCAUGGUGCAGCCAGAACCCAACUCAGUGAAGGAAGCGACCUCAAAGAACCUACAGUCCCAGAGAUUGCGGCUUCGCCGGACGGCACAAACCCCAACUAUCACCUGGGGGGUGCUGAAGAAGACAACUCAGGAGGCUGAACAAAUCCUACUCCGGACACAGACACCAUGCACUCCAGAUAAUUUAUUCCUUGCUAUGCUUUCUGUUAUACAUUGCAACUCUUGUAAGGUAUUAACCUUUCUUAUUCUCUCACUUUGCCUUCAACCCAUACCUGCUACACAAUAGAGUGUAGCUCUAUUGGGCUCAUCUCCUAGAUCGACCUUUCUUCCACCCUGUUACCUGGGCAGACACUCACUCCCUUCCCAGCCUCUAAUAAUGUAACUUCUUGGCUAGGAGGGAUUGACUUACCCCCGGUCGGUUCCCUCAUUAAUGACACACAUUGGACUAAGGUGCCAGGUAACACUUACCACUCCACUAUCCUUCCAUUGUGUGUAAGUUAUGAAAGUUCUAACUCUUGACUGUGUACCUGCCCAGACACAAUUAUUGCUACAUCAUGGCAAAGGAAAUGCCUUAACGUUCUUGGUUGUAGGUAGCCUCAAACUGGGCAAUGCAACUAAUGCCACCUUCCCCAACAUUCCUCCCUGUCCCUAAAGAACAAACCCAGGAAAGUCAUGGAUUCCACUUUGGCUGAGGGGUCUGUCAUGGGGGUCAAGCCUGUAGUCUCCAGUUAGGCAAUUACGACAUCAUAGACUGGAGCCCGUUUGCAGGGCAACCAUACUGAUGUUCGCGUCCAUUGUGGCAUCGAUCACAGUUUCAUAGCCAUGUCCUGCUCCACUAUGAUUUGCGUGGAUGAAGGGAUGGGAUAUCCCAGACCCCAAGUAGAGUCCAUGCCACCCCAAGACACUUCAUGGCACCUGGGACAUCUUAGCACCACCCUUAUCACCUGGCAUGGGAUAUAUCAUAAUUCCAGUGACAAUUAUACUAUGCCUUUUAUUCAUAAUUACACGGAUCAGUGCCUGAUUUGCACUGCCCAUCCAUGUGUUUUCCUUAUGGGAACCAAUAUUUCCAUUACACCUCAAAACUCUACGUUUGUGACCUGAGUGCAGGGACAAGGCAACGUGGUUUGCCUCAUGUAUCACUAAUUACCGUUUAUCUAGUUUAAGUAUUCUAGUGUCAUGAUACUAUGGAGACAAUCUGAGACAUUCCUCCCAGUCACUUUGAGGUGAGAUUGGCAAGGUUUCUCUGCUCUUGCCUCCCUAGAACAUGCCCUGUCCCAGGUCAGACAGACAAGAUUCGUAGGUACACUAGCCUUUAUAGGCUCAGCCAUAGUCAUCGUAGCUACUACUAGUGUCACUGUUGGAUCUAUUACUGAAUCAGUACAAACAGCUACCGUUGUAGAUGACUUGGCCAGAAACGUGUCUAAUGAACUUCUUUUACAGCAGGGUAUAGAUCAAAAAAUUAUUGCAUAUCCGCAAGCCCUUGAUGCAGCCUUGGAAUAUGUAGGGGAAUGACACGAUGCACUGGCACUCUGCCAGCAAUUAAACUGUGACUGGGAGCAUAAGCAUGUCUGUGUCACCUUUCUACCCUGGAAUCAGUCAAUACAUAGUUAGGAUGAGCUGAAACACCACCUCUGGGGGAUCUUACGUGAUAAUGUAACCACAGAUGUAAAGCAACUUAAAACUAAAAUUCUAGAAUCCCUAAAUGCUAUAAAUCUGCACGCUCAACAUACAGCCAUAUGGAAGGAUGCAGAAGAACAUCUCUCCUGGAUAGACCCUCCCCCCACUCCUGGGGGGUCACUCCUUAAUUAGAAAAAAAUAUUACUGAUUAUACUCAUGUUUGUCUCAUAUUAUUUGCUAAUCCUAGGAUGCAAAGCCGAAAAAUGAGUCGUGACUACUAUGCCUGACAAACCUGUUGCUGCACACAUCUGUACUCUCCAAUCAACGACGCCUAAUGAAAAAAACAAAACAAAACAAAACAAAACAGAAAAGUGGGAGAUGUAGGAGAUGGGUCAGGGCAGUGGGAGAAUUACAGGGAGAGAAUGCAAACCCUGAAAGGUCGGAAGGUUUUGCAAAAGCUUCAGGAGAGAGUAAAAGCUGAAGAUAGCUAAUUCUCUUACCCUGAUGCUAAGGGCAAGGGGUAGGUAACAAGGGAGUGUACAGGAAUUUAUCUAGGUAAGUUUGUUUGCUUGUCUCCAGAAACCAACCUUUGAUAAUCUGUGCCUCUGCAAGACUGCUCCCUGGAAGGAGGGAUCAACAAUGUUAAUUACCCACAAACUGUGUUUGCCCCAGGCCUUUGUCAUUAAAUCUGUACUGAAUAAAUGCAAGCAGCUCUGGCUUAUCAGGACUGUCUCUCUUUGGCAACACAAAGCUGGCAGUCCCGUAGCUCUCUUUCACAGUCUGUGUAUUUCAUUCGUCACUUGGCCAGAGUCUGCAGGGCAGACUCAGCAGUUACCCACCUUAGCUAGACUAAGAAAGUUCUAGUCUUGUUUUUCCUUUGCCCUGCUUCCCUGGGGUUGUUCCUUAAGUAUUCUAGUCCUAGGGUUCAGAUCCUUUAGUCAAGAUGUCACAAGUUUAAAACAAAACUUGAGGAACUACCAAAGGUAUAGGAAUUGUUGCCUUUGUUGAAAUUCAUUAAGUCAGAGAAGUCUUACUAACAGAUGUAUUUUUAGGUUCAACAGAUAAUUUCUUUUUCUCCCCUUUCCCCAAAUUACAUUCAGCAUUUAAAGCUGUUUAUGGUUUGCCAUCAGCAUUAUUCUGUUAGGAUUGUUAGUGUUAAAAUCUGUUUUUUUUUUUUUUUUUUUUUUAAGACUAUUAAAGUCUAGAUGAAUUCAGAUGUUGACCAGAGUGUGUAUUUUACAUAAUGUUCUUGAUUAAAAAGAUUUGUUUGUAAAUUACCUGUUGUUUUUGCAUAUGCUGAGUUGAUGUGAUAAAAUUUUCAUUGUCUUACCAUAAAGCCUUGGUGAUCAGCAGGUAGAAUGCAGAUACCGUAAAGCUUUUCAUGAAUUUUAAAAGUGCAAAAUCAGCCACAUUUAA